AUGGCCAUCGAAGAGCAGGCGGCCACAACGUCAGCCGCGAGCAUCUCACCGCUCGCGGCUGCAGAGCAGAAGCACCAAGCUUCCAAAGCAGCAGCAGCCGCGUCAACCACCACGACUCAAGAGAGCUCCUCCUCCUCCUCUUCGGCAGAGUCACACGACCCCUUCCCCACCUUUUCCUACUCGGGCUCCCUUCGCCCCGCAUACCCGCUCAGCAAGAAUCCGCGCGUCCCAGCCCAUAUUCAACGCCCCAACUAUGCGCGAGAGGAGGUGAGCCAGAGCUUUUGGGCAUUUUGGUGGGAUUGGAUGCGCUCCCGCAACAUCCGCACCAACACGCCCGAGGAAGUCGCCGGGAUCCGCCGAUCGGCCAUCCUAGCCCGCCAAGUCCUCACCGCUGCACGAGACGCCAUAGCCAUCGGCGCCACGACGGACUCGAUUGACAAGGUAGUCUUUCGCGAAGCCAUAGCGCGUGAUUGUUACCCUUCGCCACUGGGGUAUCACGGUUACCCGAAGUCGGUCUGCACGAGUGUGAAUGAAUGCAUCUGCCACGGGAUCCCCGAUCAACGCCCGCUCCAAAGGGACGACAUAAUCAAUAUCGAUGUGACGCUCUACCAUAAGGGGUUUCACGGUGACCUCAACGCUACCUGGGCUGUGGAGCCUGCUGCUCACCCUGAAGGUUCAGAGGGGCAGAGACUAAUCAAGACAGCCCGCUCUUGCCUCGAUGCAGCCAUUUCCAUUUGUGGACCUGGAGUCCCUUACGGUGAGAUAGGCAAAGUCAUUCAACCCCUCGCAGAAUCUGCAGGCUUUGCAGUAGUACGUCGAUACACGGGUCACGGAGUUGGGAAAGUCUUCCAUGGUGCGCCAACCGUCUUUCAUCACAAGACUAAAAAAGGUUGGGGAAUCAUGGAGGUAGGACACGUCUUUACCAUCGAGCCUAUGAUCUCUGCCACUCCCCCGCCCGUAGGGGCUGGAGAUCUCUCCUGGCCUGAUGACUGGACGGUCACUACGACGGAUGGGGCACAUAGUGCCGCGGCUGAGGAGACAUUGGCUAUUACGCCGCAUGGGGUGGAGAUUUUGACUGCCGCGGGGGGGCCGAAGGUGAUUGAUACGAGGGAGGAGAGGGAGAAGAGGGGAUUGAUUACGAGAAUCAAGGAGAGGGACGAUUGGGAGGAGGAGAAGGCGAGGCGGGCCAAAGAGGGAGAGGGAGAUGACAAGAGGGAAGAGAAGAGGAUCAAGGUGUAG